GUUCUGAAUCCCAAACUUAGCAGGAAACUCUGACAAGCAGCACACUCACAAUGACGUCCAAAUCUCAGUUCGAGAGUGGCCACAAGAUCCCCGUGUCGGGACAGGACUUCCCGGGCAAGGAGGGCAAAAUGCCCAACCCGCAGCCCCUUUUCGACGAGAUCCCUACCGACGAUGGCAAAAGCCAAAAGUACAAGCCGGCGGGCAAGCUGAAGGGGAAGAACGCCAUCAUCACAGGCGGCGAUUCGGGCAUCGGCCGGGCAACCGCCAUUCUGUUCGCCAUGGAGGGCGCCAACUCGCUCAUUGCCUACCUGCCCGAGGAAGAAGACGACGCCCAGGAUACCAAGAAGCGCGUGGAGGCCUACGGCCAGCAAUGCCAUCUUGUAUCCACCGACCUUCGAGACCGUGAGAACUGCAAAAAGGUGGUCGACGAAGCGGUCAAGGUCUUCAACGGCAAGAUCGAUAUCCUGUUCAACAAUGCGGCCUACCAGAUGGCGGUCGACGACAUCAGCCAGCUCUCCGAGGACCAGUGGCUGCAAACCUUCAACACCAACAUCCACCCGUACUUUUACAUGGCCAAGUAUUCGCUGCCGCACAUGUCGCGCGGCAGCACCAUUAUCAACAACGCCAGCAUCAACGCCUACGUCGGGCGGCCCGAUUUGCUCGACUACACGUCGACCAAGGGCGCCAUCGUGUCCUUCACGCGCGGGCUGAGCAACCAGCAGAUCGGCAAGGGCAUCCGCGUCAACGCCGUCGCCCCCGGCCCGGUGUGGACCCCGCUGAUCCCCUCCACCAUGACCGAGGACGCCCAGAAGCAGUUCACCAGCCCCAUGGGCCGGCCAGCUCAGCCGAGCGAGAUCGCCACGUGCGUCGUCUUUUUAGCUUCGUCUGACAGUUCUUGCAUCAGCGGGCAGACGAUCCAUUGCAACGGCGGGACUAUUGUUAACGGUUAGGCAAUGAGUAGUAGUGCUGGAGUUUGUUGGGAAGGCAUUGGCGACGUUAAGGAAGGAGCUGGCGUAGGGUCGAUUUGUUGUACUGUAUCCGUAUGCAGUCGCUGACUAGAAUGAGCCUGUGGAAUACUCCGUACCACCUACUACAAUAGCUCAACGGCAUGGAGCGAGUGGCAUGGCUGAAUAAAAACAGAAAUGAAUAUGGCCUCGGCUAAGGCGCUUGUGUUGAGGAUUAGGAUUGGCAGCGGCAGUUGGCAGUUUGAUUGAUUGAUUGAUUGAUGAAGCUGUAGAGCUCAAGGGCGGGUACGAGAUACGGAGGUACAAGUACCUGUGUAGCCCCGUGUCAUCCGCUGCUAUCUGAGCCCAUCAAAUAGCACAUGGAUGCCCC